CUCUUAAGUUAACCCUCACGCUCGUUUCCCCGGUCUUGCUGACACACUCUCUGGUAAACUCCAUCUGUGGUCCUUUUUCUCUCGUGUUCCUAAACCCUAGAAUUCUCUGUCGAAACUUCUAGAAACCUCAUUGUUGGAACUGCUUUUAUACUUUGCCGCUCCCGAAUUACUCGUUUUUUAAUUUGAUAAUGGAGUGGAAUCCCGAAACCCUUCAAUUCCUCUCGCAAUGCUUUCUCCACACACUCUCUCCCCAACCGGAACCUCGACGCGCCGCCGAGUCCUCCCUAUCUGAAGCCGCCGAUCGUCCAAACUACGGACUCGCCGUGCUCCGUCUUUUGGCGGAGCCUUCCGUUGAUGAGCAGAUCCGUCAAGCUGCAGCUGUUAACUUCAAGAACCACCUCCGAACCCGUUGGGCUCCCUCUAACGAUCCCAACGCCGGUCCCACGUUUUCCCCGAUCCUUCACCCUGAGAAGGACCAGAUCAAAACCCUAAUCGUCUCACUCAUGCUAUCUUCUUCCCCUCGCAUUCAAAGCCAGCUCAGCGAAGCCCUAGCUGUUAUUGGGAAGCACGACUUCCCCAAAUCAUGGCCGACUUUACUUCCAGAGCUUAUCUCCAAUCUUCAAAAGGCUGCCCAAUCUGCAGACUACGCUUCCAUUAACGGUAUUCUCGGAACUGCUAAUUCAAUUUUUAAGAAAUUUAGGUAUCAGUAUAAAACAAACGAUCUUUUACUUGAUUUGAAGUAUUGUUUGGAUAAUUUCGCGGCUCCAUUAUUAGAGAUUUUUCUUAAAACUGCUUCCUUGAUUGACUCAACUGUUGCUUCUGCCGGUGGUGGUUCCCCUGUGACCCUCCGGCCGCUCUUUGAAUCUCAGAGGUUAUGUUGUAGGAUAUUCUAUUCAUUGAACUUUCAAGAAUUGCCUGAAUUCUUUGAGGAUCAUAUGAGAGAGUGGAUGGGUGAGUUUAAAAAGUAUUUGACAACGAGUUACCCUUCACUUGACAGCAGUGCAAAUGAGCUAGCAUUGGUCGAUGAACUUAGGGCUGCAGUAUGUGAAAAUAUUAGUCUUUACAUGGAAAAGAAUGAGGAGGAGUUUCAAGGAUAUUUAAAUGAUUUUGCAUCCGCUGUUUGGAGUUUGCUUACGAAUGUGUCUCAGUCUUCAAGCCGUGACAAACUGGCUGUUACAGCAAUGAAGUUUUUAACAACGGUUAGUACAAGUGUGCAUCAUACUUUGUUUGCAAAUGAGGGAGUGAUACCGCAGAUUUGUCAGAGUAUUGUGAUUCCAAAUGUGCAGUUGAGAGAUGAGGAUGAGGAGCUUUUUGAGAUGAAUUAUGUUGAGUUUAUAAGGAGGGAUAUGGAGGGGAGUGAUCUUGAUACUAGAAGAAGGAUUGCUUGUGAACUCCUUAAGGGAAUUGCAACUCAUUACAAAAAGCAGGUGACUGAUAUUGUUUCAAUUCAGAUACAAAAUUUGCUGAGCUCGUUUGCUACAAACCCUUCUGCCAAUUGGAAGAACAAGGAUUGUGCGAUAUAUUUAGUUGUUUCGCUCGCAACCAAGAAGGCUGGGGGUACUAAUGUCUCAACUGAUCUUGUGGAUGUUCAGACCUUCUUUACAUCGGUUAUUGUCCCUGAGUUGCAAAGCCAAGAUGUGAAUGGGUUUCCCAUGCUCAAGGCAGGUGCUCUUAAAUUUUUCACCAUGUUUCGUGGUCAGAUACAAAAACCUGUUGCAUUUCAAUUGUUCCCAGAUUUGGUUCGAUAUUUGGGUUCAGAAUCAAAUGUGGUUCAUUCUUAUGCUGCUAUUAGAAGCAUCAACUAA